UGUAUAAUGUGUGUGUAGUGUGUGAUGUGUGUAUGUAGUGUGUCAUACUUAUCGAAGCUGCUGAAAACGGUUAAGAGAUUCUGUUCAAGAAACAAAACUUAUUGGUGUGACUAGCACAGAAGAACUGAAAAUUGGUAAAUACGUAACGUCGAAAAAGGAAAGGACAAAAGGAAAGAAAUUGUCAGGACGAUAGAAUGCCGGCAAUAAUGGGACCACCGCAACGUAAUGAGCAAAUGUGGCAGGCGCUGAAGACUCAUAUUUUAAGAGAGCGACAACGAAAGAAACAAGAACAAGAGGCUGAUGCAGAGGAAGAACGUUUACGCAAGGAGAGAGAGCGUCAGCAAAAGCAAGAUGUGAUGACAUUAGGUGAAACACGAGAGCAAAUUUCAAACUUGGAGGACGAACUGGCUCAGUUAAAAGCGGAGAAGCAUCAGUUAUUCCUACAACUGAAAAAGGUUCUAAACGAGGAUGACAGACGGCGACAACUCAUAAAGGAAACUAGUGUUUGUUCAGAAGUUUCGACAACAGUAGGAGGAUAUCCAGCAACAGGUCCAAGAGUAGUACAUCCACAAUUAUUUCUACCAUUGCCACGUAGUAACAGUCCUCUCUACAAAGUUGCCGUUGGUGCACCGACCCAUCUCUUAUCUAGUGGAACUUUAAAAAGAACUCAUACGCCAUCGCCACCACCUGCUGCAUCUCCAUAUCACAGCGCGUAUGGUUACAAACCACCACCAUCUAUCCCAAGUUACAAUCCACCUCCUCCUAAAUCUGAAGAAGCAAGAAGAUCCAAUGAUUCCAGAGCAGUUCUUUGGAACAAGAAUAAUCAGUAUUCUGCGUCGAAUUUCUAUUCAGCACCAGCAGGCCAGAAUGUUUAUAGCUAUUCCGCACCUGCGUCACAAUCAUCUCGUGAGCCUUCUGAAUCUAAGCCUGUUUACCUUUCGGGCGGUAGAGCACCAUUAGCCACACAUCAGACUGCAUAUGUAACUAAUUUACAUUCGAUGGAACACAAAGGCGCUUAUGGUGAGGAUAAAUUUUACUUGCGGCCGACAAAUCACGUUACUGUUCACGGUGGAGCUAUUCCGAUUCAACAACCACCUCAGGGUGCAAAAACAGGCGGAAUUACCUCGGGUUAUCCUGUACGAGCACCUCAACCACCACCUGGUUCAUAUCCACCACCACCGCCACCAUCUCCUGGUACCUAUGUAAGUGGCUCUGCUGCCAAUGUGCCUGGUAGACUAUUGUAUACGCAACCGGGAACUCGCUAUCUUCAACGAGAAAUAUAGGACCGUGUACGUUAAUAAAAGGUUCUAAUUUUUAAUUGUUUGUUUUCUUCCCGUGAAGAGUAUAAAGUAUUAAAAUUUAUAAAUUGCAAUCUGCAAUCUGCAAAUGAAUUAUUGAUAAAGACUAAUGAUGAAUAAUGAAUGACGAAUAAUGAUUGUGUAAAACGCAAAGAGAAACAACUUGCUUAAGAUACAUAAAAGAUGGAUUAUUCGAGAU